AUGCAAAGAGAAGGUGAUCCCGAAAAUCCAAACAGACCAGAAAAUGCAAACAGCUCUGUCUCAACUCUUAAUCGUUCACAUCGUUCGCUUCUAACCAGAAUUCCACCAACUGUCUAUGCUAGUCUUCGUAAUUCAAUUUCUGCCAGCGAGAGCACUUUGUGGUUUGGUGAUGAUUGGGCACUUUUAAGUCAAGGUUUAAUGCUUAAAAAAUUAUUAGAAGCUAUCAAAGAACUUGUUACAGAUGCAAACUUUGAUUGUAGUGAGACGGGUAUUGCACUUCAAGCCAUGGAUAACUCACACGUAGCACUGAUAUCACUUUUGUUAAGUUCUGAAAUAUUUGCUACAUAUCGAUGUGAUAGAGGUUUUUCUUUGGGUGUAAAUUUAACUUCUCUUAACAAGUUAUUGAGGUGUGCUGGAAAUGAUGAUUCUAUCACAUUAAAAGCCGAUGACAAUUCUCCUGAAACUUUAUCCAUGUCAUUUUCAGCCCCAAAACAUUUAAGUAUUCCAGAAACAGAAUAUCAUGCAAUAGUAAGUUUACCUUCUGCCGAAUUUCAAAGAGUAUGUCGUGACAUGAUGGUCAUUGGCGAAACUGUAUAUUCUACAAGCAACGGCAUCUCUUCAGAUAAACAUAAUCUAACCUGA